CGGCGCUGAGUAGGCGUGGCAGAGUGAGGCGCAGGAAGGAGCUGUCAGUGUUGCAGAGCCAUCAGGAUGAGCAACAGCCACCCUCUGCGCCCGUACACCGCCAUUGGGGAGAUCGAUCACGUCCACAUCCUGUCGGAGAGCGUGGGAGCGCUGAUCAACGGCGAGGAGUACAGCGAUGUCACCUUCGUCGUGGAGAAGAUGCGUUUCCCCGCCCAUCGGGUCAUCUUGGCUGCCCGGUGCCAGUAUUUCAGAGCGUUGUUAUAUGGAGGUAUGCGGGAGUCCCAGCCCCAGGCGGAGAUCUUCUUGCAGGACACGACGGCGGAGGCCUUCGCCAUGCUGAUAAAAUACAUCUACACGGGCCGGGCCAGCCUGAGAGAGGAGCGGGAGGAAGUGCUGCUCGAUUUCCUCAGCCUGGCACAUAAAUAUGGCUUCCCAGAGCUGGAAGACUCCACCUCGGAGUACCUGUGUACCAUCCUGAAGAUCCAGAACGUCUGCAUGAUCUACGAUGUGGCCAGUCUGUACUCCCUGGGGAAGCUCUGCACCACCUGCUGUCUCUUCAUGGACCGCAGCGCACAGGACGUCCUGUCCAGCGAUGGCUUUCUAUCACUGUCCAAGGGUGCUCUCCUGGAUAUCGUUCAGAGAGAUUCAUUUUCCGCUCCAGAGAAAGACAUCUUCCAGGCCCUGAUGCGUUGGUGCCGGCACAACCCGAAGGAAAACCACACCGAGAUCAUGGCCGCCGUUCGCCUCCCUCUCAUGAGCCUGACUGAGCUCCUUAACGUGGUGAGACCGUCCGCACUGCUCUCCCCGGACGCCAUCCUGGAUGCCAUUAAAGUGCGCUCAGAAAGCCGCGACAUGGACCUCAACUAUCGCGGCAUGUUAAUCCCCGAAGAGAAUAUUGCCACAAUGAAGUUUGGUGCCCAGGUGGUGAAGGGGGAGCUAAAAUCUGCCCUCUUAGAUGGUGACACUCAGAAUUACGACCUGGACCACGGCUUUUCCCGGCACCCAAUAGAAGAUGACUGCCGAUCCGGGCUGCAGGUGAAGCUAGGCCAGCCGUCUAUUAUUAACCACGUCCGCCUGCUCCUGUGGGAUCGAGACAGCCGGUCGUACUCUUACUACAUCGAGGUCUCCAUGGAUGAACUGGACUGGAUCCGUGUCGUCGAUCAUUCACUUUUCUUCUGUCGCUCCUGGCAGAAGCUCUACUUCCCCGCACGGGUCUGCAGGUACAUCAGGAUUGUGGGGACUCACAACACGGUCAACAAGGUCUUCCAUCUCGUGGCCUUUGAAUGUAUGUUCACCCAUAAAUCCUUUACCUUGGAGAAAGGCCUGAUGGUCCCUACAGAAAACGUCGCCACCACCACCGAAUCAGCCAGUGUGAUCGAAGGUGUGAGCCGCAGCCGCAACGCCCUGCUGAACGGAGACACUAAGAAUUACGACUGGGACUCGGGUUACACCUGCCACCAGCUCAACAGUGGUGCCAUUGUGGUCCAGCUUGCACAGCCAUAUAUGAUUGGUUCUAUCAGGUUAUUGUUGUGGGAUUGCGAUGAUCGGAGUUACAGUUACUACGUCGAGGUGUCCCCCAACCAGCAGCAAUGGACGAUGGUCGCUGACCGGACAAAGGUCCCAUGCAGGUCCUGGCAGACGAUCACUUUUGACCGACAACCGACAUGUUUUAUCAGGAUAGUCGGGACGCACAACACGGCGAAUGAGGUGUUCCACUGCGUUCAUUUCGAGUGCCCGGCGCAGACCAUCAGCCAGAAGGAGGACAGCGGCGAGGAGAAUCCAUCAAGCGAUCCACCUCUCCCCGCCCACCAAGGCGUCACCAUCGCUAUGCGCACUUCGAACGCCAGCGCCGCUCCCUCGCCGUCUCAUCAGAACGGCCGCGGCGGUCCUUCGCAGUGAAGGAGAGCGCCGGCUGAAACGGUCAACUCCCAGAGCCGCGUCCCGAGCUCCGUCUCCCGUUCGUGUGCUGUCCGUGACGUUGGGGGGAAUGUCGUCCCGCGGCCGCCGCUGCCGUCCACUUUCGUAGGAAUCAAAUCCGGCCUUGCGGGAAAGGAAAAUCGCUGUUCAAUCUUCAUCAAGACCGCUAUUAGCACCCGAGCUCCUCACUCCGACCGCGUCCAGGACGUCAACCCGGUAAUUGGGGCCGGUGGCUGUCGAAAUUCAAGCGGCCGCGCGGCCCCCAGAACGCGACUAAUUGAGGAAUUUAUUGCUUUUCUGGCCUUGUGAAGUCGGAUUUUCCUCUCUACAGAGAGUUACUAUUGAUCGCUUCGCAGAUCCUUCAC